UAGAGCUGAAAAUUCAGUUGAAAAGAGAAAGCACGAAAAAACGAUUUUAGAAAUAUAAUAUAUUCCUACCUGAAUCAGGCAAAAUUUCUCAAUCCACAUAGAUCUUUUUAUAUUGAAAACACGAUGGUUUGAUUCGAAGACAAAAAUAUGUUGAUCUGAAUCGCGAUUGAACAAAGGAAAAUGUCUUGCGGAUGUAAUCAUAAUGGCACAGCUUUACAUGAUGCUUGAUUUCACUGGUUUCUGUAGUGGCAUAGCGCGGGUCUAGACAUUGUGGGGGCACUGGUACAUUAUUUUUGUGGGGCGUGAGUGCAUGUGUGUGUGUGGUGUGUGUGUGGUGUCAGGGGGACGACACCAGUCAUACUCGGUGGAUGAGAUGCAAAUUUUAAAAGCAAUUGAUUGGCGAGAGGAAGUAGGAUGGGGUCAUAACAUCUUUUUUUCCUUUCCUUUACUUCCCCUCUCUUGUUUCUGCGCCACUGUGUAUGUGUAUAUUGUUUGAUAAUGGCUUGGUGGAAGUUUAAUGAAGCUCUAACUUUCCAUCUAAUGAUCCCGACACACUUUAUCUUUUCGGUCGCAGAUUCAUCCUACCGUGAUAUCAUUAAUUCAUGGCAGUAAACCUUGAAAAAUCAUAGAACCAAACAGUUGGCAACAACUGAUUUAGAUUUAAUUGAAAAGUAGAAUGUCAUUAAGAAUCUAUUAUCUACAAUAGGCCAAUAGUUUUUCGCGCAUAACGAAUUUAAAAAAUGUCAUGAUUAUAAAUGUGGCAAAAAUAAUACAGAUAAUAUAAAUGCUGACUUGAUCAGAUGCAAUUCCCACUUUUUGUAUCAGCUAGUGAUCGAGUACAUUCUUGCGAUUCAUAUCAAUCUCCGAAUGACAUCAACUGCGUUAUCUAUCACUGGAAGACGGCUUCAAUUUUUUGGACACUCACAAAAUAACACCAUCAGUCAUCUAGCUAGUAAGAAGUUUUAAAGCCCAAAAUUGCCUACAAGACAGAUAGACAUAUUGAAUUGAUAACAUAAAAUUCCCACAAGUCUUAUUUUAAUUCGGCAACGAUGGAAACAAGUCCGCAACCUCCUGUAGAAGCGCCAACUAUAGCUUUCCAUCACCGAGUUAUCGUUGCAUCGGUACUGGCAGUUUUUACAAUUAUUGGUCUCUUUGGCAAUACUCUUGUUAUCUUCUCCGUCAUCACCACGAAGAAGCUUCGUACGGUCACCAACAUCUUGGUGGUCAAUCUCGCUUUCGCUGACAAUUUGGCGUGUUCCUUCUUACCAUUCCAGAUUGCCGGUCUCCUAAGUCAAACGGGAAGGUACCCAAUUCCCGAGAUCAUCUGUGCAAUUGUGGCUGGAGUUGGGUUCACCAGUGUAUGCUGUAGCGCAUCUACUUUAGUCGCUAUCGGUUUCGUCCGCUGGUACGUCAUCACCAGAUCUAUACGUGGUCAUCAAGGUCUCAAUACUCCGAAGAACAUUGCGAAAGUCGUGCUGAUCAUCUGGACGGUGUCACUUGCACUCAUGAACAUACCUCCUGCUCUAGGAGUAGGGACUUUCGGUUAUUACAGAUACUACGGCUUAUGCACUUUGUCCGAUUCAAAUCCACUGGCCUACGUUAAUAUCUUGUUUCAGGGCACGGUCAUCAUUACUGCCAUUGUACUCACCCUGACGUUUUACGGACUGAUAUUGCGCCACGUUUUGCAACAUAAUAAGCAGUUCCGAGACAAGUUUGCAGAUGAUAAAGCUACCGGUUCAAGCUCAGCAGAGGCACAAAAGAACAUGGCAUCUCCAUCUACAUCCCAAGAUUCUCGUUCACCCAUGAUCAAAGCCAUCAACCAAAAGGAGAUCGAGAUCACAAAGAAUGUAUUCAUUGUUGUCUGCCUCUUCAUGAUUUGCUUUGUAGGGUCAAGCGUGAACUUCGUAAUUCCUGGUGCAAGCCUGGCCACCGUAUAUGGCUACAUGAUCUUGAUGGCGAACAGCGUGGUCAAUCCGAUCAUCUAUGGUCUGAAGCAUCCCAACUUUCAAGAGGCUUUCAAGAGAAUCCUUUGCCGUCGUCGCAGACCGCUCGAGCGUGUCUCAAACUGA